AUGGCAGGAGUACUGAAGGCUUUCCUGUUGCUGUGGGUCCUCCAGGUCUCUGCCCAGGACCCAGAAUACGACCACCUGCUAGUGAGGCCCAGGAACAUCAAUGAUGAAAAGGACGACUGCUCCGUCAACGUGUACUUCACCAUAGACACCUCUGAGAGUGUUGCUCUGAGGGAGUUCCCCUGGGGCAGUCUGGUGGAGGAGCUCAAGGUGUUCCUCCAGAUGUUUGUGGAGAGGCUCCAGACCACCACCCUCAGGGCCAAGAGGGUCCAGUGGGCCUAUGGUGGGCUGCACUUCUCAGACCACGUGGAAGUCUUCAGCCAGGUGGUCACUGAUGCUGCAGUUUUCCUGGGAAGGGCACAGGCCAUCAGGUACAUUGGUAGGGGUACCUUCAUCGACUGUGCCCUGAGGAACAUGACAGAGCAGGUGAGGCUAACGGCCAGGGGAAAGCCCCGGCUCCAGUAUGCUGUGGUCCUGACUGACGGCCACAUCACUGGCAGCCCCUGUGGAGGGGUCUCACAGGCCGCCGAGGCUGCCAAGGCAGCGGGCAUCAAAGUCUUUGUAGUGGCCACCAACGAGGAAACCAUGGAGAGUGAGCUCAAGCAGAUCGUCAGUUCUCCUGUGGAGCUGUAUAGGAAGGACUACAUGGCAUUCCCAGCUAGCAACCGCCAGGCAGCUGUCAACAGGAUAACUGACACCAUGAUCAAAGAGGCUGAAUUUGAGUGCCAAGCUCCUAUGUGCAUCCAAACAGAAGGAGCUGCCGGGCCGAAAGGAUACAAGGGAAUGAAAGGUGCGAAGGGAACUGGUGGUGCAAUAGGAGAUCCUGGACAGCCUGGGCCACCGGGUGACCUUGGUAUCGAGGGCCCGAUAGGUUUGCAUGGACAGAAGGGAAAGACUGGCACCAUUGGGGCACCUGGAUGUAAAGGAGACGCUGGCAUGUCGGGAGAAGCCGGUCCUGCCGGUGACUUUGGUAUCAAGGGUGACGCGGGCAAGGUGUUGCUGGGCAGAGUGGCAGGCCUGGACCACAGGGUGAUGGUGGAGACAGUGGAGAUAAGGGUAAAGCUGGACCUGGUGGAAGUCCUGGCGACACUGGGGCACCAGGUUUCCCAGGGGGCCGUGGUCUACCAGGUGAGGGUGGAGAGGCAGGACUUCAGGGCUCUCAGGGGGAUGCAGGGGACUUUGGCCCCCGAGGAAACACUGGAGCAGCAGGAGCUAAGAAUGCUGAUGAAUAUUCUCAACUUUCAGGAGUGUGAAAUCAUGGGAUUUGUCAGAGAAACAUGCGGCUGCUGUGAUUGUGAAAAGGUUUGCCCUCCCCUGGACCUGGUGUUUGUGAUUGACAGCUCUGAAAGUAUUGGAAAAACCAACUUCAGCCUGGCUAAAAACUUUGUCAUCAGUGUAGCAAACAGGCUUGGGAAGAUGGCCAAAAACAUCUCUGACGUCUCAGGGUUUCGUCUGGGUGUGGUUCAGUACAGUCACCAAGGGGCGGUUCAGGCCAUCAGGAUGGACGAUAGGGGCAUCACCUCUGCGACCUCCUUCAACACAAAGGUCAAAGCCAUGGAGUGGAUCGCUGGAGGCACCUGGACUCCCUCUGCCCUGAAGUACACAUACGACCAUCUGAUAGUACCAGGUCGCAGGGGGAGGACCAAGGUGGUGGCCAUAGUUAUCACAGACGGUCGCUACGAUCCUAAAGACCUGGAUAAUCUUGGAGCUUUGUGUAACGGGGUGGACGUGUAUGCCAUCGCCAUCGGUGAUAUGUUUGACUCUGGGGCAGAGAGGCAGAACAUGGAGAGGAUUGCCUGUAAUAUGGGCGACCGGGUGAAGACCCUGAGUGUCUACGCUGAACUUACUGCUGAGGAAUUCUUAGAGGAAAUAGAACAAAUCCUCUGCCCAGAACCAGAGAUGAUCUGUCCAGACCUGAAGUGUGCCUCAGAUUUGAGUUUGGCUCCACUGAUCCAGCGCCCCGUAGACAUCCUCUUCUUCAUUGACGGUUCUGAGAGAACAGGGGGCAGAAACUUCAUCAGCAUCCUGCGCUUCAUCGAGAGACUCUCCCAAUCGAUCCCUCUCUCCAAGGAGGUCUCUUCAGGAGCUCGCUUCGCCGUGCUGCAGUUUGGAGGGGAGCAGGACCCAGAGGUUCUUCUGGACUUCUCCAACAACCACAGAAAGAUUAGCUCCCUGGUCUCUAAUGCAGUCUACCGCGACUCAUCCUCCACUCUGGGCAGCGCUAUUCUCUACGCAACUGAGAACCUCGUCAGUAACCCUGGAGGUCGGUUCAGAGGGGUACGUCCGGACGCAGAGCUCGCCUUUGUGUUCAUUACAGACGGAGUGACCUCAGACAAGAACUUUGCUGAGGGUAUUGGAGCCAUGAGAAGGGCCAACGCAGUGGGUGUUGCUAUCACAGUGGGAUCAGAUAUUGACAGGGAGCGGUUGCUGCAACUCACUCUAAGGGACAAAGCUCUUAUCUUUAACCUGAAGAGUUUCAAUGACUUGGCCCUCCCUGGGGUUGUUAAACACAUGGCUCAUUGCCUAGGUUAA